UCUCCUCCCAUCACUGGCAAGGGGUUUCCACCGCGCAUGUUUGUGCGUGUGUGAUGUAGUCUAUACAUUGAUUUAAUCGUAAGCGUAUUUACAUAUUUGAGUUAUUAAGGGUUAGCGUUCUGUGGAUUACGCGGUACCAUUUUUGCAAGCUACGUUUAUCGAAAGCGAUCUAGAUUUCAGAACCGGGCGCUGUCCGAAACUGAUUAUACCACAUCGCGUUGAAUUGAUGAUGCUCAGUUCGUGGUGCUGAAAUCCUUUGCGCUUUCGCUCUCUUUCCUUUCCUCUCUGUCCCUCCCUCCCUCCAUCUCUCCUCUAUCCCUCCCUUGGUUCUAUCUCAUACGCACAAACCCCUCUGUCAUGGCGUCUUCCAACAAUGUUACCCCCACCAACUGUAGCUGGUGGCCCAUCUCAGCCUUGGAUGAAGACGGUGAAAUGACAGACGGAGAGAAAAGCGAAGAGCCAGCUAUCGAGUCGAAACCUAAUUUCUCUAAAGACAAGCUUGUUUUGUAUCACUGGACGCAGUCUUUCACCUCUCAAAAGGUGCGUCUUGUGAUCAAUGAGAAGGGUCUGCUGUGUGAAGAGAGGGAUGUGAGUCUCCCUAUAGCCGAGCACAAUGAGCCCUGGUUUAUGAGGCUCAAUCUGGGGGAGGAGGUGCCUGUUUUCAUCCACGGAGAUACCAUCGUCUCAGACUACAACCAAAUCAUAGAGUACCUAGAGGCUAACUUUGGGGGAGAAACGGUGGCCCAGCUGAUUCCCGAUGCUGGCUCUCCUGUCCACGAGUGUGUGCAGCAGUACCGUAAGCUGCUGGACGGCCUGCCCAUGGAUGCUUACACCCACGGCUGUAUCCUGCACCCAGAGCUCACCACAGACUCCAUGAUCCCAAAGUACGCCACCGCUGAAAUACGUAGACACUUAGCCAAUGCUGCGUCUGAGCUGAUGAAGCUGGACCACGAGGAACCCACGCUGACAGAGCCAUACCUCUCCAAGCAGAAGAAACUCAUGGCAAAAAUAUUGGACCACGAUAAUGUGACCUACCUAAAGAAGAUCCUUGGAGAGUUGGCCAUGGUACUAGAUCAGGUAGAGGCCGAGUUGGAAAAGAGGACAAUCGAGUAUGAAGGUCAAAAGUGUGAGUUGUGGCUAUGUGGACCUGAAUUUACAUUAGCUGAUGUCUGCCUGGGAGCCUUGUUGCACAGGCUUAAGUUCUUGGGACUCUCAAAGAAAUACUGGGAGGACGGCAGCCGACCCAACCUCCAGUCCUUUUUCGAGCGGGUGCAAAAACGCUACGCUUUCCGAAAAGUUCUGGGCGACAUCCACACAACCCUUCUGUCAGCAGUUCUACCCAAUGCAUUCCGAAUGGUAAAAAAGAAGCCGCCAUCUUUCUUCGGGGCCUCUUUCCUCAUGGGCUCUCUGGGAGGGAUGGGGUACUUUGCCUAUUGGUUUCUAAAAAAGAAAUAUGUGUAGUGAACACCCACCUCCAUGUGUUAAAUGUCUGUGUAUUUGUGUGAUGUUUCAAUUUUUCUGUCAUGUUUUACAACAGGAGGAAAAUAUGAAUCUAUAUAGGGAACACUAUUACUUACCUAGGUGAACAAAGAUUAUAAGAACAUUCCAAACACAAAGGAAUUGUUAACAGCACAUUUUUCUGGUAUUCCAAUGCCUUCAUCUAUUUCAUUUCUCUAUCAACCUACAGUAUUACUUUCUAUUAGCUCAGUUUGGAGGCAUGCAUUAUCCAGUUAUUUUAAUCAAGGGAACAAACUUAUUUCUAUGUUUUUAAUGAUCAUAUUCCCUACACAUGAGAGAGACAGACAAUGUUUUGACAUUGCAUCUACAUAUCCAAAGUGGGGCUCAUUCACACCCUGCAUGUCACUAUAGUUUUACUAAGUCGUUUUUCAUCACAGUUUUGGCGUUCACCUAUUGCCCUUCAUGCCUUUGUUGGCCAUUGGUUUAUUUUAUUAAAUCCUUCUGAUACUUCCUGUGCUGCCAGAAACUGCCAGAUGAGAAGAUAGUAUAGUGAGACGUCCAGUCGGUCCCAAAUCGCUCCCGUUCCUUUUCCCCCUUGACCAUAAUUCUUGUUUGCAGAUUUGUAAGUUCCACCACUGUUUAGACCAAUCCAGACCCUUCAGAUAUGCAAACAUCGAAGGAUCUGGCCAAAGGAAAGGGGUAAGGAGUGAAUUGGGACUGUAAACAGACACUCUCAGCCAUAUGCAGACACUCCCUUUAAAGCACUAUGAGAUCAUAUGCACUCCAUCAAUUAAUUCAGUAAUAAAAUGUGAUUGUCAUUUCUCACACCACAGUCUUGAGCUGAUCAUGAAGUGGUCUCUGACUUUAAAGUCAGAGAGGAUGGGUCUGAUAGAGAAAUACUAUAAGGGUCAAUUCAGCCGUCCGCAAUAUUGAGCAAGGAAUCACUCAGUGGCUUUUGACAGUGUCCAUAUAGAGUGACUAUGAAAUUA